AUGGCAUCGUCUACAACACUCAUGGCCUUGUCAAUAACACUAGCGACAGCGAUAGCGGUGGUUUACGACCACCACAGCAACAACACCCACCCGAUGGUGGAACAUCGAGUCCUUCACGAUGGCACAAGGCAAGAGGAGAAGAAUAAGAAGUUACAGGGGGACGGUGGCGGUGGCACUGCCAUGCUUAAUGUCCGACGACGAUUCUCAGCCUCACCACCCGCCGGAAAGGUAACAGCAAGGCAGAAAUGGCGGGAUCUAACGGAUGGAGGUGGCGACUGCAACCCGCUUCCCUCCGUUACCGACUGA